AUGGAAGACUCGUUUUAUUUUUCCCUACUACGAGUAUCAAUAGCUCAAAUACUCAAAACACAAGGAUUUGACAAAUGUAAACCAUCAACAUUAAACACAAUCACAUCCUUAUAUAUCAUCUACUUGUCGAAAUUAGCCACAGAGUCAAUAGACUGUAGUCUUAUUAGAACAAGAACUAAUUCACCAGAAGUACAGGAUGUAAUGCAAGCCAUGAUCAAUUUGGGGUUGGUGAAAGCUACCCAGGGGCAUAGAAUCCAUGAUGAAUUUUUUGAUGAACUGGAGUAUAAUACAAAGUCGAUAAACCUGUUUAAAAGUUGGGUAUUGAGUUAUUAUGGAGAACAAAUUAGAGAUAUCGCCGAAAGAAAACAGAGGAGGAAUGAACAAGAUGCAAUUGAUGAGAAUGCUAGAGCCCAAGUUGAUGAAAAGGACAACCAGCAACAGCAACAGCAACAGCACCCCCACCACCACCCAGAGGAUUUUUAUCAUCAAUUCAUACUGAGUAAUGGUCAAACCAGCUCGAAGAAGGACGAAAGCAGCAAAAGCGGCGAAGAAGUGGACAAUGUGUCGUCUUUGAUGCAUGACAAUAACAACAACAAAUUGAAAUGGUUAAAUCAUCUACUUGAAAAGGAUUUGAAAUUAGGCCACAAGUUGAAGUUUCUUUACGCUACUGAAUUCAUAGCUAACGAAUUCGAACAAAGCUUACUAAAGGGACAACGAAAAUUGAAAGGGACAACUAAUAAUACUGAACAAGGCGUAAACGAAAGUGAUUUGGAUUUAGACUUACAAUUGAAAAUCAAGAGUAUUCGAAAUAGUGAUUGGAAUGAUUACAUUGUGAAACCAGUAAGUGCUACCAAAGCCAAAGAUAAGAGAGAUGACUAUACUGUUGGUGGUACAACUGAUAUUGAUGACAUUGGCGCUGUUGAUGAGUUGGUUAAAAAGGAAGCUGUUUUGGAAAAAUAUCUACCUUACAAUAUCAAAUACUCGGCGCCGCUAUUAUCGGAUGAUAUUGAUAUCCAGGAUGAUGAUAAACAAGAUGUGGAUGCUGAGAUGGAAGACAGCCAACUCCACCUUGUACAAUCUAAUGAAAUAUAG